GUUUAGAUGCAUCCUAUGAUUUGAAUGAAAAUAUGAGGUACGUCCCUUCCUUAACCACCCAUUCUACCAACCCCAAGUUCAAGUUGAGGCAGUUGAAAAAUGGGGGUUGCAUCCUACGGGUUGGUACAACUUACCCGAAUUUUUCUUUUAUGGUUUCACUCUCUUGCAUGAGCUUCGCAAGACUUAUUAAACCACCUAUACAUACACAGUUAUAUAUCUACAUUUAUAGAGUGAGAUAUUCACUCCGUCAUUAAUCUUGCAUUCUUUUACCUACUUCGUCUUUAUUGAAUGGAGGCGCCGCUGCUCGACCGGAACGACUCUGGCGAGCUCCAGUUGAUCGGAGACGACGGAGACUACCGACCGGUUAAAGGGCUCAAGGCAUGGCCUUUCAAAUUCUUUGCCAAUUUGGAACCAAUUCUGUUACCUCCAUGUUUGUUGGCCAUCUUGGAGAUAUGGAGCAUUCUUUCUAUUGCUACCUCAGUCAUUUCCACCUCUUUCGGAUUCAUGUUGAUGGUUUAUUUUUCAGCAUGAACGUCAUUGGGUGGGAAGCCAUGAUUUUCAUUGGAAUCAAUGCUGCUACAAGUAUUAGAGUCUCAAACGAGCUUGGCUUAGGACAUCCACAACCGCAAGCAGCCAAAUAUUCCGUCUACAUCACAGUUUUUCAGUCACUCUUGAUCAGUAUUCUUUGCAUGAUUAUUAUACUGGCGGCAAGUAAUCACUUCAGCAUUAUUUUUACCAGCAGCAAAUGUAUGCAACGGGGCUGUUUCCCACCUUUCUGGCCUUCUUGGAAUGACUAUGGUUCUGUACUUAAGCCAGUGAUAUCAGGAACUUUGUGGUGGCAUGAUAGCCGGAACAGCUUUGCAGACAUUGCUAUUCUUGUUAGUUCUUUACAAAACUAAUUGGAAGGAGGUUGUUCUUAACCCUUAACCCACAUGGAGUGCUACACGGGACCAGACAGUAUUGAGAAAAGGAAAAGGUCUAAAUCUUGUUCGUUGUAUUGUCCAGUCUUGUGAGACUAAAUAUGUACACAACCUUAAGGCCUUGCGUCAUGGUUUUUCUGUUUUUGAGAGAUCAAUGCUGCAAUGCAGCAAAAUAUACACACCAUUGCUCGCCUUCCCCAUCCUUGGAACUUCAUUAGUCUACAUUUCUUGAUUUUAUUAUUGAUUGUGAAAUUUAUCAUUACAAGAGUUACCAUGCCGUUGGAAUUAUAUCGUGAAACUAUAUCUGCAGGUGGAGCAAACGACAGAGCUCAUAUGAAAAUGGGGAGGGCAAGAUAUAGAAUCUGAGAAAUUAGCUACUGACCAGCUUUCACUCCAAAAUGGAAGAUAGUAAAUGCGUGUUUAGUAUCCAGUAUUAGAUCAUAUUGAAGAGUAUAAUGAACACCAUCUAGUGUCAUCUAAUCUACUCAAACAUGCAAUAGGAGGUAGGGAACGUGAUAUUCAGCUUAUUGUCACUGUACUAAUUCAAAAUUUCCCUCCUUUAUGUUGUGUAAGGUUUAAUAGUUUAUUGUUCGAUUGGGAAAUUUUGAGCUUUACUAAUGCACCCCCCAAGGAAAAAAAAAAUUAAUUAAUUUUGAGGUCUCUUUUUUGUUGAAGUUAUGCUGUGGGAUCAUGAUCAUGAAGAAUUAUAUU